AUGAAAUAGGGGGAGAAUGUUUCGAACGUGAAUAUUUUAUCCAAAUUAUCGAAAAAAUGGAUGAUAUGGAUAAGUAUUUUAAAAGUUAUGAAGAACUGGAUGUUCAUCAAUUAAUGUUAAGUGAUAAGGUUCGAACUCUUGCGUACAAAAAUGCUAUAUUGAAUUCCAAACACAUGUUUGACAAAAAAAUUGUUAUGGAUGUUGGUGCUGGAACAGGAAUAUUAUCAAUUUUCUGUGCACAAGCAGGCGCAGAAAAAGUUUAUGCGAUAGAAGCAAGCGAUUUAGUGAAUCUUACGGAAAAAGUUCUGGUGGAAAAUAAACUAAAUCACAAGAUUACAGUGAUACACAGUAAAGUGGAGGAUAUCGAUCCAAAUAACUUCGAGAAAGUUGAUAUAAUAGUAUCAGAGUGGAUGGGUUUUUAUCUAGUGCACGAAGGAAUGUUAGACAGCGUUCUUUUUGCGAGAGAUAAUUUUUUGAAGGAGAGUGGCAUACUGUUCCCAGCUAUUGCUAAAUUAUAUGCAUCGCCGUGUCAAUUACCGUCUAUGUAUAACUUUUGGGAUGAUGUUUACGGAGUCACUAUGAAAUGUAUUGGAGAGGAAUACAGAAAAAUAAAAUCAAUGAAACCGGAGGUAUUACUUGUAGAUAAAAAGAACCUUUUGGGAGAAAAUAAAUUAUUGGCAUGGUUAGAUUUACAAUGUAUUAAUGUCGAAGAAUUAAGUCGUCUUGGAGGAGAAGAAUAUAUUUCUGUCUGUAAUAAAAAUGGGCAGUAUCAAGGAAUUUGUAUUUGGUUCACUGUUGAGUUUCCAGAUGGAUCAGAAUUAUCCACAAGCCCCUUUGACGAACCCACACAUUGGAAACAGACUGUUAUUGUUUUACCCAUAGACACGGAAAUAGAAGAAGGUGAACCUGUUGCAUUUAAAUUAGAAUUGAAAAGAAACUCUUCUAAAUCUAGACAAUAUAAUAUGGAAUUAGUAUGGUUGGAUGCAUUAGAAGUUGAACAUGAGGUCCCUUGUCAUUGUUAUAUGACAAAGUGUAUUGUUACAAAAGCGUACAUGGAAGGGAUAAACUAAAAAUGAUCCUAUAAAUAAGUGAUGUUAUAUUAAGACGAUUCCUAAUAUGUAUUUUUUUAU